CAACACUACUAUAUAACAAAUAAUUUGAGCUGCAUGACAAGAGUUGCUCGACGAACCCGACAAUAUGAAUACUACGAUCUGUCGAUGUAUUCUGUUAUUCCUAUUUUUAGGAGUCAUAGCAACUUCUGCGAAGAGACCGAGAGCUCUAAAGUUAAAAUCGAAACGUAACCGCGGACAACUUGGAAGACGAUCAAUUCCAACAGGGCAACUGGAGAAGGUGGACGGUGGGUACAGCGAGUGGAACCUCUUCAGUCUGUGUAACCAACAAACCUGCACCGAGACUUGGAUCCGGUACUGCAACAGCCCCCGACCCCGUAAUGGUGGGAAAACGUGUGUCGGAGAGAGCUUCAAGAAGGAGAGAUGUGGGGACGCCUCCAAGUGUGUGACUGAGACGGCGCCUCCUCUACCAGAUCAAAAUGGAAACGGCCACGAAGAAGAAGUACAGUCCCAGUGGAGUAGAUGGGGACCUUGCUCGGUGUCAUGUGGAGUGGGAAUUCGAACUAGAGUCAUGUUACCAUGCAUUGAUGGGGACGAAUGUGAGCGACAGGAGCAACCUUGUAUCAAGAAAUCUUCUUGUUCCGACAAAAAUGGCUACGGAGAUUGGACAGAAUGGAGCGGAUGUGAGAAUUGUAUUCAGACCCGGGCACGGACCUGCGAACAACCCCACCUGUGUGGCUUCAAGGAGGAAUCAGAAACUCGACAAUGCUUAGAGUGCGAGCUUGACCCAGAUUCAAUGACGGAGUGCCAGAAGAUGCUACACGAGCACAUAAAGUACUCCCGUACCGGCUACCGCGUUGAGUGCACGGACGAGGGUCUGUUCGCGCCGCGCCAGUGCGAUAGCGGUGUGGAGAAGUGCUGGUGUGCGGAGCGUUCCACCGGCCGAAUAAUCUUUGGAACAUACCACGCCAACCAUAUGGUCGGACCUUACAACUGCAAGAAGUUGAGUGAAAUGCCGCGCUGUGAAGCCCUGGAUCAUGUCGGAAAGUUGAACGUGGUGGCGAGUGAUUACAUGCCACAGUGUGAUGAGGAUGGAAACUUCUUACCCCAACAACAACAGAUGGUCGAUGAUACUGGGAUCCAGUGGUGCGUGUAUAAAGAUGGUCUGGAGAUCCCUAAGACCCGCGUUUCUUUCAACGAAGCGAUUGCUUGCGACCCAGAAGAAACAAAGUUGACAAAAUGUCAAGCUACUGGUGGACACGAAUGUACCGAAAACGGAGAUUUCAGCUACACACAAUGUGAAUAUACCCAGGAGGGGCAGGUCUGCAAAUGCGUCUAUUCCAAUGGACUCACCAAGGCGUCCACUGAAAUGAGAUCUGAAGUUCCUCACUGCAACGCUUAUCCUUACCUAUCCCUGACCAAGUGUCAAGCCAUGUCGCUGAUGUCACCCACAGUAACUUGUCUACCCUCCGGGGAGUAUGCUCCUGAGCACUGCUCCAAGGAUGUGUGUUACUGUGUGUACUCUGACGGAUCCAUUGUCAGUGGAACUGGAACCCCCGUCAACGCCAUCAGACGGACUUCUUGCGAGGACCUCAUCAAAAUGAACAACGGCAACGGUAACGGUAACGGUAACGGCAACGGUAACGGUAACGGCAAUGGUAACGAUCACGACAAUCUGGAAAUGACGACUCCCAUCAUGAACCGACAAACCACGGGAGAUAUGUCCUCGACUCCGUCUGCUCAAACUAUUGAGUCUACCUCUUACAUACCCGAUCUCAACCCAUCAAUAUCCACAUCUCCUACGCAAGAAAUGUUCACCUCCAGCCAAGAGCUACUCGAUUCUCUAAAUCUAAUUAGGACUGGAUCUCCGUACACCGAAUACGAGCAGUGGAGCGAUUGGAGCGAGUGCUCGAAAGAGUGCGGAGGCGGAAACAUGCAACGAUCGAGGGUGUGUCCUAAGAAGAACGGAGCUUGUGGAGGUCCUGAUAUCGCUAUGUCUUUUGGAGAAUGUAACAACAUUCGGUGUAUUGCAGAACCUAUAUUCCAACCAGCACACAUUGAGGAGCUUGAAUAUGAGUGGUCGACAGACAGCAAACACGUGACCAUCACCUGUGCCGCCAUUGGCCUCCCAAAACCUUAUGUUGUCAUCAGGAACGACGAGGGGUUCAUCAGUGAAGAUGACCAAAUAGAGCAAUCUCAGGUUGACGGAAGGAUCGUGGUAAGAUACCAGAUAACGCCCAGAGAAGACACGAGAUUGAGGUGUAUUGCUACUGGAGAGGAUUCUCAAGAGAGAAGAGAGAUUGAAAUCGUUGUUAGACCUGGCCGUGUGGACAGUUUCACAUCCUCAAGUCCUGCACUCUACCUAGGACAGGAGCUAACCCUUCGCUGUUCAGUGGUGGGACUCCCUAGACCUGACAUCAGACUGCUCCGAAAUGGGGCCACCUUAGAGGAGACCUCCACCGAGGAGCUGGUCACCGUUGUUACACCUGAACAGGAUACCGAAUACAGCUGUGUCGCUCUCUACGAUAAUGCUGUUGUCGACACGUCAGAGCCACUUACAGUAGUGGUAGUUGAUCCUUGUGUGGGAGUACAGUGUCAGGACCACGCCCUCUGCGUGGUGGAGGACGAUGGCAACACCACUUGUACCUGUAAAACUUGUGAUCAAAACGACCUUGAUGACGUUAAUCCGGUAUGCGCUAAUGAUUGUGUGACAUAUCUCAACAAAUGUGAUAUGGAGAGUUCUUCUUGUCUCCUAUCAACCUCCCUCUACUCUAUCUUCGAUGGACCCUGCUCUGUUAUAGAAGCACCUGAGGUUACGGGAACGUGCCCCGAAAGUGAGAUUCUGGAAGGUAAUGAUAUUAUGCUGGAAUGCUCGGCUACCGGAAUGUGGGAAACAGCAGUAUGGACUAAAGGAGGACAAGUAGUAGGACGAGGAACAAGACUGAGACUGAGCGGUGUCUCUACAACUGACUCUGGUCUGUACACUUGCAGUGUAUCCGGGUGUGGGGGGACUGCUGAAGUUACCUGCCAGGUGAACGUACAAAAGAAGGAUACAGAGACAUGUAUGCAAUACGGAGCAGGUCAUUUCCAUCAGUUCAGUGGAGCUAAAUUCAACUACCCCGGUAUUUGCCACUACGUUCUGGCUAUGGACUGUGUGUACGGCUCUUUCUACAUCUACACAGGUACCUCACAAUGUGGUUCUGAAGAUACCCCUCUCGCCUACGCCUCAUCUGUCACUGUAUACGUGGGUUGGGAUGCAGUUGUACUCCUCAGAGGAUUUGAUGUUAACGAAUUUGGUGUAAUGAAGCAUAUUGCUCCUGGAAAAGAGCUCUUCUAUCAAAACUUCAGGAUCUGGAGAGAACGUGACGUGAUGUACCUGACCCAUCCUGCCACCAACUUCACGCUGGGCUGGGACGGAUUGACUGUAGUGACCCUGACAAUGAGCAAGACCUACGCUGGUCGUCUGUGUGGUCUGUGUGGAGAUGUGGGUGUGGAGUAUAACGAGGUGGAGGAUCCCCAGUCUCAUGGUGCCAGUUACGAAGUGGACAGAUACGACAGAUGUAACAUAGCAGAUGUGCCAGUACAGACCUGGGCUGAUCAGGCAGAGUAUGAUAUGGGUUACGCAGCUUGCUACGAGGCCCUUUACUCUGAACAGCUCUCAAAGUGCCAUGGUGUGGUAAAUGUGGACGAGUACCUUGACGCGUGUAUUUACGAUGCUUGCGGAGUGAAGUGGCUGAAUAACUUCCACACGGGAAUGUGUAACGUGUUGAGUGCAUACUCCAUCGCUUGUGAAAACAUGGGAGUCAGCAUGAGUGGAUGGAGAGAUGGAACUGUCUGUCCUAGAGAGCUGAUGCACAAGAUCUCCUACAUGAGCAAGAAACGCAGACGUAGGAAGAGAGACGCUGGAUUCUCCGAGUAUGACAUCAUGUUGAGGGGAGACUGAGAACAAGAUGGAAAAUAGACUACUGGUGACACGACACGCAACUUCCCUUCUUACACCACGCUAUUCUAGUCACGUGACUCGCGAGCGAUGUGUCACGUGUGUGAGGUCACGUGAUUCGCGAAUGACGUCACGAGAUUACAAACGCGUUUGAGCGCUGAACACUGAACAGUCUGCUGAGUACGGCCUCAUAAUAAUAAUUAAAUAAUAUAAUGAUGUAAAAAUAUGUGUAGGUUUAAAACCUUUGAUUUAUUAUUUGUUUUAUUUGAUAUAAUGCCGGGACCAUGACAUGUUUUACAUGUUUUACAUGUUUUGUGUAUUUGUUAGGUCAACUUUAGGGUACUCGGCUCUUAUAUCUUCAACAGAGGAAAACCCAGUGCCUAAACUGAACUGCUAGCUUAUAAAUGUUAAUUGAUAACUUGAUCCAGAGUCGAGGACCCUUAUUUUAUUGAAAAUUGAAAAUUUUAAUAAUUCGUAGGAGCUGUGUAAGCAGUAAAUUAUUUUAGAAUUAUUGAUUAUUGAAAUGCUCCACGACUAGGAAGAAUAUUAUAUCAGAUGCCUUAGCUUUAAGAUGAUCAUUCGAGAACGAGACCAUGCAUUAAGGAAAAUAUGCUUUUACUUUUAAUUUAUUGAGAGUUCCCCCAGAAUCAUUUGUCUAUAUCUGGCUAAUUUCUAACGAAAUGGGUCGGCUUUAUACCUAUAGUUUUAAUAAUCAACCACCCAGCGAAACCGACCAUAAUUGAUCCUCCCUUUACCUUCCUUGCAGUUUGGUACUUUUAACUCUACCAUCACUUGAUUUGUAGUGACGAUAUUCAGGGAUGGCAGUGAGCCUGGACAACAGGAAACUCUACUUAGAGUCCUCCAUUUGCCUCAUUAGCUCAUUAUGCGUCUAUAUCAAUUAUGGACGCAAUUGCCCAGCGCAAAGAUCGAUUAAGUAGAAAUUGUUGUCUUAUUCAAGUAGAUGUAUGUCCGUAUCUAUUUAGUAAGCGUGAGGGAGCCCGAUCGUGCGGGCAUUUCAAUUUAUAUCGUGCCCAAGUUAAUAGUGUGUAUUUACUUUUAACGGAAUUCUUAAUAAUAUUUUGUUGAUAGUAAUAAUAAUUAUUCGGGCUGGGUUCUAAUGUUCUUAAAUUCUUCUUUUACUGUUUAUUUCAUCGUUUUACAAUCAGACGGGUUGUUUGUGGUGCGGAAAGAGGUUGUUUUUGGUAAAAUUUCUACAUUUUUAUACCGUAUUUGUGUAGGUAUCGUGUCCUCGAUUGCAAUUGUAAAUGCUCAGAUAAAGAGACAUUUUCAAUUCAGCCUUGUUUCAUGUGUACUUGUUUCAUGUGUGGUCACAAUGUGUCCUUAGAUCUAUUAGUAGUCUCCAUGCCUAAAUUUAUCUUCAUUGUAUUUUAAUUAAAUGUAGUCACAGUGUAUGUUAUCAACGGUUCACGCGGUCUAUCAUUUAUCAACAGCGUUGAAAAUGUUGGCUAUUUUCUAAAAAGGAUCAACGGGAAGAAUAAUUAGGAUUAAAUUCAGCCUUAUAUUCUUUAGGACUAGUAGUUAUAAUGUUAAAUCACAUUUAACUAUAAUGUUUUUUAUAAUCUUUUAAAACGGUCAGUAGAAGGACCGUGUUAUUGGUACUCCGUGUUUUAGAGAACUCAAUAUAUCCAAGAUUCGGAAAAAAGUAAAAUGCUUGCUGUUAGGUGUAUCCUCAAUAUUCUUGCCAUUUGUAAAUGUAAAUAUCAUCCACCGUGUAUACUAACUGUUUUAUUUUCUAACACGCUUUGCAA